UCCUGUAGCUUAGCUUCCCAUUUACUUGUCUCUCUCUCUCUCUCUCUCUCUCUCUCCCCCCUCUUCCUUUCUCUGUUUGUGUGUGUGUGUGUGAUUUCCUCCAUUGCAAACCAAGCUAAGCUUCACUUUCCAGCUUUUCACAAGGCCCCCCUCUCAGGAAUCAGUAGCCCACAUUGCCCACCCCCCCAUCGUCUCUUUCCCUGUACAGCUCCAUUUCAACACUGCACUAACGAGAAGUCCUCUUCCUCUUCUUUAUCACUCCACUACUUCUAGGGUCGGAGCCAGUUCUUGAUUUUGAGGCAUUUCCGGGUCCACAUUUCCCUAUCUAUGCUUAUUGAGUCUCUGUUGGCUCAUCAAAAGGAAGCCCUUUCUCUGCUCCUGUGGGUUCUCGAGGAAGAAGUUCAAGGGGGAAAUGUCAUCGGAGGGGUCUUUGAACGUGGAACUGUCCAAGAAGACGCCGCUUUUGGGUUUGAAGCUGUGGGUUUUGAUUGGUAUCACGGUCGGUUCUUUUAUAAUCUUGAUCCUCGGGAUUCUAUCUGUGUGGGUGACAUUCCGGAAAAGAUCGAAAAGAAGAGUGGCCAAGUUCUCUUCCCAUUCUCAAAUACCCAAUGUAUCGAAAGAGAUCAGGAUUGAUAGGGUUGGAGCGCGGAGCUUUCCGGAUCACCCCGAGAGCAUCAUAAUUACAGUCGAUGAUAAAUCGGGUGAUAAGCAUAUGAGCAAAUCGAACGAUCCUGAUAAUCUCAGCCAGUGCAGCUCAAUUCAUUGUAUUGAGAGAGGGGGCAGUUCACACUCGGGAGAGGAAGGAAGCUCAGGCACGAUCAGGAGGCAUCACUCCACACUGUCCUGUGGUGGACUUGCAAUGGCAUCGCCUCUAAUUGGCUUGCCUGAGAUUUCCCAUCUCGGGUGGGGCCACUGGUUCACACUCCGGGAUCUCGAGGUGGCAACAAAUCGAUUUUCAGCCGAAAAUGUGAUUGGCGAGGGUGGUUAUGGGGUUGUGUACCGGGGCAGACUUAUCAAUGGAACUGAGGUUGCAGUCAAGAAGCUCCUCAACAACCUUGGGCAGGCUGAGAAAGAAUUUCGGGCCGAGGUCGAGGCCAUUGGCCAUGUCCGACACAAGAAUCUGGUGCGGCUCCUUGGCUACUGCAUUGAAGGAGUUCACAGGAUGUUGGUGUAUGAGUAUGUGAACAAUGGCAAUCUUGACCAGUGGCUCCACGGGGGUAUGAGGCAGCAUGGCAGCCUUACAUGGGAAGCUCGCAUGAAGGUUAUACUUGGCACUGCUAAGGCGCUAGCAUAUUUACAUGAAGGGAUAGAACCGAAGGUUGUUCACCGAGACAUAAAGUCCAGCAACAUUUUGAUUGAUGAGGAGUUCAAUGCAAAGGUGUCUGAUUUUGGAUUGGCAAAGGUCCUGGGAACGAAUGAGAGUCAUAUUGCCACUAGAGUAAUGGGAACAUUCGGUUAUGUGGCUCCAGAAUAUGCUAACACUGGCUUGUUAAAUGAGAAGAGCGAUGUUUACAGCUUUGGGGUCCUCCUUCUCGAAGCUAUUACUGGAAGGGACCCCGUGGAUUAUGCGCGCCCGGCUAAUGAGGUAAAUCUCGUAGAAUGGCUAAAGAUGAUGGUGGGGACGAAGAGAGCAGAGGAAGUUGUGGACCUGAACAUCGAAGUAAAACCCCCGACUCGUGCUUUGAAGCGCGCCCUUGUGGUGGCAGUUAGAUGUAUUGAUCCAGAGUGGGACCAGAGACCCAGAAUGACCCAGGUUGUUCGCAUGCUGGAAUCAGAUGAAUACCCUUCUCGCGAGGAUCGUAGGACCAGAAAGAGCCGUGCAGCGAGCAUCGAAAGUAAAAAUGGGGAUGGUUUGGAUCCAAAUGAAUUGCUGAACACGGCAGUUGACUCAAGAGACCGAUAAAUCCGACGCCAUGAACCGGGCGAAGAACUGACUUCUUGGCUCUCAAUACAGAAAGCUAUAGCCUUUAGUUAAUAUUCAUCAUAUAUAUACACAUAUCAAGGUUUUCUUCUGCUAGAACUACUCCGAAGUGCAGGACAGGACAUGAGUUUCAGAUUGCCAACCGGAAAUGAUCUUGCCAGAGAGUCGCGAAGAAUGUGCUCCCAACCCCAAACAUAGUACGAGGAGAGGGAGCGUGACCCUUGUACAGUUAUGCUUAACUUAUGUGCUCUUCUCAAUGUGCUUGCUCGAUGUGUUCUAUAGAGUGUUGCAGGGCUACGCCAAAUCUCGAUAUAGAUUUUCCGUUGCAGAUAAUGUAUACAUAUAUAUAUUUUAUUUCUUCUUGUUUAUCAUUAUAUAAUCUUCAUCACUAGCAAUAA